AUGAAGAUUGAAACAUUCUUCAUCGUUACCCUUCUUGCGCUUUCCGCUGCCGAAGCGCACAAUGUUCGUAGCCGAGAGUAUCUUGAAGAGAAGCGCUCCAGAGCCAAGAAGGAACAUCAUUCAAAGCAACCUCGUGUUAUUGGUGGAGACCAAAGUGCUCUUGGCGAUUUCCCCUACUACGUUGAUAUGAAUUACUGUGGCGGAGCCUUGAUUGCCCCCAGGGUUGUCCUUUCCUGUGCUCAUUGUGUUGCAGAAGAUGUUUACUACGAGGGGUACCAGUUCAUUGUCAAUGGAUACAAGCCUGGUACUACAGCGGGAACCAACGGAGGCAUGUGGAGAACUGUGGAAGAGAAGAUUCAACAUCCUGAUUAUGUGACUAAUGAUGCAAAUCAAACAGCGGAUGAGAAUGAUAUUGCACUCUACCUCCUCUCCGAGCCUGUGCAUGGAUUAUCUGCCUACAUUUCUCUAAACGAGGACCCCAACUGGCCUCCAGAUGACACUCCUUUGACGCUUAUGGGUAUGGGAGAUCACCAAGAAGACGAUGGCAGUCUUGAAGAUGUAGACUUUCUCAAUGAUGUCGUGAUUCUAGUUGUGAAUAUUAAUGAGUGUAAGGAAAGACAUCCCCAAAUUGAUCCAAACAAACAGAUCUGUGCUGGAGCCGUCGGAUACGGAUCUUGCAUGGGCGAUUCUGGAAGUCCCCUCGUGUUCCGCCACAAAGGAAACCACCAUCCCCACAUUCAUGUUGGUAUUGUUUCCUAUGGCGACAAGGCAUGCAACACUAGUCCAAAUUCGCAAAUACCUUUGUUCGUACGAGUGCAUUUAUCGAUUGGAUUAAGGAAAUUGUUUGUGAACAAUGGGAGGAAGAAGCCGACUUUUGCCCUUGAACAAGUCCUUCUGCAGGAAAUCCAGUGUGGCAAAGUGGUACAGUAG